GCGGAGCCCCCAAGUCGGGCAGGUCUGAGCUCCGCCCUGCCACUCGGGCAGAACGCGUUGUCCCUCGGCGAGCUCGCACCUUUAGUCGGGGCCUGGGACGACCUCCUUGCGCUCCUCGGGACGCAGCCUCGCGCACUGCACCCUCGCGCGCCCCUCGGCUGCUCCUAGGGCUCAACGCACCCCAUUCCAUUUGUGUGCCCCUUUGCGAGACCCGGGUGCAGCUGGCGCCUCUCUUUUUCCAAGCACACGCAGCAUGACGCCCCCCCAAGUGCUAGCGUUCGGGCUUUUGCUCGCGGCGGUGGCGGCGGCUCAGAAAGCAUGUAUUUGUGAAAACUACAAGCUGGUCACAGAUUGUUAUGAAAAUGAGGAUGGUAAAUGCCAGUGUACUUCAUUUGGCACACAAAAUACUGUCAUUUGCUCUAAACUGGCUACGAAAUGUUUAGUGAUGAAGGCAGAAAUGACUGGUUCGAAGGGUGGGAGAAGGGCAAAACCUGAAGGGGCACUCCAGAACAAUGAUGGACUUUAUGAUCCAGACUGUGAUGAGAAAGGGCUCUUUAAAGCCAAGCAGUGCAAUGGCACCUCCACGUGUUGGUGUGUGAACAGUGCUGGUGUCAGACGGACUGACAAGGACACUGAAAUAACCUGUUCUGAGCGAGUGAGGACCUACUGGAUCAUCAUUGAAUUGAAACACAAAGCAAGAGAAAAACCUUAUGAUGUCCAAAGCUUGCAGAAGUAAGUGCAAUUCAUUUACGAAACGAUCACAUCUCGCUAUCAACUGGAUCGAAAAUUUAUCACAAAUAUUCUGUAUGAGAAUAAUGUUAUCACUAUUGAUCUAGUACAGAAUUCUUCUCAGAAAACUCAGAAUGAUGUGGACAUAGCUGAUGUGGCUUAUUAUUUUGAAAAAGAUGUUAAAGGUGAAUCCUUGUUCCAUUCUAAGAGAAUGGACCUGAGAGUAAAUGGAGAACAACUGGAUCUGGAUCCUGGUCAAACUUUAAUUUACUAUGUUGAUGAGAAAGCACCUGAAUUUUCAAUGCAGGGUCUGAAAGCUGGCAUCAUUGCUGUCAUUGUGGUUGUGAUAAUAGCAAUUAUCACUGGAGUUGUUGUAGUGGUUAUUUCCAGAAAGAAGAAAAUGGCGAAGUAUGAGAAGGCUGAGAUAAAGGAGAUGAGUGAGAUGCAUAGAGAACGUAAUGCGUAACUACUGCAGAUUGAAAAUUACCUACAAGGAGGAAAAUUAGUAAAUUAAAUUAGAUUACAAAUGUAUGAACAUGGACAAAGAGAAGAUCUUUCAGGAUUAUUAUUUCAUUAGUUAACAACAUAUAUUUUUAAUAGUGAACCUGUACUGAAAAAUAUAAGCAGCUAAACAUUGGCUUUACCAAUCUUCACCACAAGUGUCUUAUUAACUAAUAUACAACUCAGAACUUGGACUGCAUAGUUAAAAUUAUACAAAACAUUGAAGGGUGCAUUAAAAAUAUGUUCGCAGUGGAGUUUGAGUAACUAUUUCAUUUUGUGAUUGAAAGCUGCCUGUUUAAGUCUUGUACAUAUAAAUUUUUUUAUGAACCAAGAAAUAAAACAUUUUAAACUAUAA